UUAAAAAAAAAUAAUAAAUAAAAAAUAAUUUUUUUGUUCUUCGAAUCACGUGCCUAACGAUGAUUGAAUUGAGUCUCGACGAGGUGCUUUAUAGAGAUCAGAGAACGUUCAGGACGCGACUGACGUUUCGGACGUCCGAGCGUUCUCCUCAGACCGCGGAAGAAUCGAGGGGUAGUGUCGACAGUUCCUUAUGUAGUUAUUGCCAUAAUCAGUAUUUUAACGGAAAUAAAAGACUGUGUCAAUGUAUAGAGACUGAAGAUGUUAAGUGUCGGAGUAGUAAAAAGUGCGACCAAUGGUGGAAAAAUGGAACGAAAUCUUGGCUUAAAAAAUUUCCUCAUCAGUUCCUUCUGCUGAGCACCUGCCUGACCCUAUUGAGUUUUCCUUGUGCCAGUGCGUUUCCCGCGACGUUUCGAACCUUCGGUGCUCCCUCAUCGUUCCUGCUAAGAAGACUCAUGAGUAUGGAGAAGAACGAAGGGAUUUUUAAAAGGAUCGCCCUACUAAAGGGUGAUAAUGAGAGUCUGAAUACUUCGGUGGCAGCUACGUUGGUUAGCAUCGAGUCGGCCAGUAAGAGUGCGCAGGAGCUAAGCAGGGCGUUUUUUGAUCAAUAUUAUCCGGAUUCAAAUCCGAUGGAUUCUAGAUUUAAGGGUAUUCAGUCCGAUUGGCUUCCAAAGGUCCCCUCAAGAACCCGGGAAGAAACGGAAGAAUAUCUUCAAAAUUUAAUGUCUGACGAAACCUUAUUAAGCGAGGCCCUACAAAAACUCUACGAAGAUUUAAUAACCCUACACGGAGCCCUUAAGCAAAUCAAACUGGAAAAUCAACAGGAUCCAACUCUGGAGGAUCCAGUGGUGGCUCAUCACGUCGAGGUCACUGCCGGGUUCAUUCGUACUCUAUGGCAAGACCUCGCUGCCAUUUUUGAGUCUAUUGGCUGGAAACUCAACGUCAAGUCAGAAUUUGUGAUGCCAGAGGAGCAAAAGAAUGACUUAACCAAAACCUAUCGCACCUCUAGGAAUAUGUUGAUCAUCCAGUCCCUCCUGGAGGUGACCAACGAGUUGAUGACCUUUAAAGAUUUUAAAAUUUAAAUUUGAAAAUUUGCCUUUUUUGACGAAAAUUGUUAUUCUUGAGAUUUAAUUGCUAAAAAAAAAAUUAUGAACAAUUUAUGUACUUAAUUGAGAAUUGGCUCCGAUUACUUGAUGGCAACUAUUUCAUUUAAUGUAAUAAAUCGUAUUCACCCCUCUC